CAUCCCUCCUCAGACCUUCCAACAGGAGCAUCCCUAAACAGAAAAGCGCACGAGGAGUCAACAGGAGCCUUUGGCACUAAACCCCCUAAAAGGCUCAGAGCGGCAGACAGUCCCACAGUGGUCACUUUACUUACAGUGCAAUAACAAUAAUACAAAGCAGUGUGUAAUAAUACAUUCAGCUUCCAGUGCGUCUAGAAACAUGGGACGUCCGUUUUACGCGUCAGUUUUGUUCCUGAUCUGCUCAGUUUUUCAAACAAAUGCAUUUAUAACAUGUGGAACCAGGCAGUUCCAGUGUGGAAAUGGAAAAUGCAUCACAGUUAGAUGGGUGUGUGACGGCACCGAUGACUGCGGCGACGGUACUGAUGAACUCCCCGGUACCUGCUUGGCCAAAACUUGUAGACCAACAGAGUUCAGCUGUGCAGAUCGUCUUAACCAAUGUAUACCAAAGACCUGGCAAUGCGACGGAAAAGCUGACUGUGAGAAUGGAGCUGAUGAAGAGAGCUGUGCACCCAAACAGUGUACAGACACCGAGUUCCGCUGCAGCACCGGCCAGUGCGUGUCCACCUCCUUCGUGUGCGACGAUGAGGCUGACUGCGACGACGGAAGUGAUGAGGCCUCCUGCCCGCCCAUCACCUGCAGUCCAGCGUCCUUCAAGUGCAACAACUCCGUCUGUGUGCCACGCCUGUGGGCUUGUGAUGGCGAUGCCGACUGCACUGAUGGCUCUGACGAGUGGCCUCAGAAUUGUGGCACUAUGAGGCCUGCAGUUGCUGCCACCGCCGCUGCACAUCCCUGCUCAGCUCUGGAGUUUCACUGCCGCAGUGGAGAGUGCAUCCAUGGUAGCUGGAGGUGUGAUGGAGGGGCGGACUGUCUUGACCGAUCGGAUGAGGCUGACUGUGCUCGUUCUACCUGCCGUCCUGAUGAGUUUGAGUGCGGUGAUGGGACUUGCAUCCACGGCAGCCGCCAGUGCAACCAUCAGUACGACUGCAGGGAUAUGAGUGAUGAAAUAGGCUGUGUAAAUGCAACCAGAUGUGAGGGUCCGACCAGGUUCAAGUGCCGCAGUGGGGAGUGUAUCAGCAUGGAGAGAGUGUGUGACAGGAAGCGUGAUUGCAGAGACUGGUCAGAUGAGCCUCUUAGGGAAUGUGGCUCUAAUGAGUGCCUGUACAACAAUGGCGGCUGCUCUCAUAUCUGCAACGACCUAAAGAUCGGCUACGAGUGCCUUUGUCCCACUGGAUUCAGACGGGUCGACCAAAAACGCUGCGAAGAUAUUGAUGAAUGUGCCAACCCAGACACCUGCAGCCAGAUCUGCAUCAACAUGAUUGGCAGUUAUAAAUGCCAGUGUGAGGAAGGGUACCAGGUGGACCCUGCAACCAAAGCCUGCAAAGCCAUCGGAACCAUAGCUUACCUUUUCUUCACCAACCGUCAUGAAGUCAGAAAGAUGACUCUGGACAAAAGUGAGUACACUAGAGUGAUCCCCCGCCUGAAAAAUGUUGUGGCUCUGGACAUGAACAUGGCCACCAAAGAGAUCUACUGGUCAGACAUCUCCCAAAAGAAGAUCUAUAGAGCUCAGAUGGAUUCGGCAGAAGACCACUCUCAUCACAACAUACUAAUAGACACCGACAUUGACGCUCCUGAAGGCAUUGCCUUCGACUGGAUCCAUGGGAACCUGUACUGGACCGACAGCAUCCGCAGCACCAUCUCUGUGGUUACUGCUGAUGGUCAACGUCGCAAAACUCUGUUCCAUCAAGACUUAUCAAAACCUCGGGCUAUUGUGGUAGACCCUCAUAGCAACUUUAUCUACUGGACUGACUGGGGAAAUCCUGCUAAGAUUGAGAAGGGUGGUCUAAACGGAGCGGACCGCAACACUCUGGUCACUGACAACAUUGAGUGGCCUAAUGGAAUCACACUUGACCUGUUGAACCAGCGUCUCUACUGGGUGGACUCGAAGCUGCACACCCUCUCUAGUAUCGAUGUGCAGGGUGGCGGCCGGCGCACACUCAUUAUAGACGAACACCAUCUGGCUCACCCACUGGGACUCACAGUGUUUGAGGAAAGAGUCUUCUGGACAGAUGUCAGUAACAACGCCAUCCUCAGUGCAAACAGAUUGACGGGUGGUGACAUUUCACCUGUGGCAGAGCACCUUUCAUCCCCAGAGGACAUUAUUCUUUAUCAUAACCUCAAACAGCCUGCUGGCAGGGAUUGGUGCCAGGUGUCCAAUGGUGGCUGUGAGUUUAUGUGCCUUGCAGCCCCUCAGGUGGGCAGAUAUCCCCCCAAAUACACCUGUGUGUGUCCAGAUAACAUGAUGCUCGCCAGAGAUAUGAGGAGAUGUGUACCUGCUGUGCCAACGCCUGCCACUUCUGUUCAACCCGAACUUCCUGCUACAACACCCCGUCAUCUACCACCACAGACGACCACGCCAAAGCCACCCAUUCACACCACAGCAGCACCCUCUGUGAUCACCAGCACCGUUGCCAAGCCAGUGCCACGCACCGCCACCACCAGGCCUCCAGUCAGGACGACCACAGCAGCCCCAGCACCUCCAAGGAACACAACACCUGAACCAGUGAUGCCUAAAGCCGUCCAGACAACCACAGAGACUCCAGUCACCUCUUCAGAAUCAGGACAUGAAAUUGCUGCUGCAAUCCCCAAAACAGCGUCAUCCACCCAAAUAGUUCUCUAUAUUGUCCUACCUCUAAUGAUCAUGUGUAUGGUGGCUGUGGGUGGUGUUUUGCUGUGGAAGAACUACAGGUUGAAGAAUACCAACACGAUUCACUUUGACAACCCCGUCUAUCAGAAAACCACAGAGGACCAAGUACACAUUUGGAGGAGCCACAGCCCUGAUGGAUACUCUUACCCAAAAAGACAAAUUGUGAGGUUGGAAGAGGAGGCCGACAAUCCAGCCUUUACAGAAAACUGAAAACAUUUGAGCAGGGUGGAAAGAAGAGCCUCAACACUAAGCCACAUUGGAUGACUUUUUUUUAUACCUCACAUAGCACAAAGAUAUGGAAGUCAAAGCCAAUAUCACUUAAGCUUGAACCACUUUAUCCUCACAGUUAAUUAAGUGCUCGAAAGUGGAAAACCAGGGUGAACCUUUUUUUUUGUCAGGAUGCACAUUUCAUUCCUCCCCAAAUCAUGAGUUAUUUAAUUUGCUCGUUUUUUGAUACAUCUGGAGAACUGUGCCAUUGUUAAAGCCACAUAAUGUGUUUUCCUCAUGCGUGUGUUUAACUGAGCUCAUAUGAGCCAAUUUCACAUCGAGAUUACCCCCUAACAUGUUUUGUACAACUCAGAAUGAGUGGUGUAAAUACUUUUAUUUUUUGCCUUUUGCGAAAAUGUGACAAGCGUUUGAUGAAACAUGAUCCUAUGUUGCACUAUUGCAUAUGUUGCUUAAAUAGCUUGACAUUUUGGGAUGCGCAUGUUCACUUUUUGUCCUAGAUUCACAAUAGCUAACAGAGGAAAUUAGCUUAGCAUAGCUUAGCUUAGUUUAUUUUAGUUUAAUUUAGCCUCUGAGAUUGGAAACAUAACAAAAACUGUGCUAUUACAUCAAGCACUGCUCUAUGAAACUCACACAGUAUCACUCUGCUUCUCUCGUUACUUUUGUACUCAAAUGGUACUUGCAUGACAUGAAAUGCUAGAAGUAGCUAUUUCUUGAACAUGCUGUAAACUAAUAAUGUUAUAUAUGGCAAAAAGAAAGUAUUUAUGCUAAACUAUGCUAAGCUAAGAUGUGCUAAACUUAAGGUCUAGUAACUCUGGUAUGGAGGUGAAUCUAACUUAUCAUGUAACGCUAACUCAAAGGAAGCGUAUUUCCUAAAAUGUUUAAUUAUUUGAUUUUAAAAUUUUUUUAUUUGAUUUUUUUUUUUUUUUUUUUUUUUUGCUGGUUUUAUCCUAAAAUUAACGCUAAUACUGGCAGAUCUAAAGGCACAACAAAAUGUGAAUGUAAAUCCAACACGUGCCAGUUCAACCACUGUGACCUCAACUAGUUUCAACAUUACCUGUGUAGGUUAUUAUUUAACCAGCUUCUGCCUCAGUAAUGGAGCAAUAAUAUCAUCCAAAGGGACCUAAAGCCACAGCUGAGCCUCACACUGUGUCUGUGCCUUCAGUACAGUUCACACUUUACCACGUGUCUUGAGCUAACCAGCAGUCCAGCAGAUGUCUGUUGUUGCAGACUUUCUCAGGACUCUUUUUUUUUUUUUUCUCCUUUUUUAGAAUAAGUCUCCUGAUUUGUUAUUGGCUGUCAGUGCACUGGUGAGCCAUCCUUAGGUUUUCCUACCAUAUAGCCGUCUCUGGAGGACUAUCACAUUCCUCAAAGACAGUAAGGCUUUGAUCCAUCUCCGUGUGACUAAUGGGUCCAGCGUUCUGUUCCGUGACACGUGUAUAUUUACAUCUUCCCAUAGGACUUUUUUUGCAGCAUUCCUAACUAAAGAAAGCCAUGUGCCUUUACUGUGACUUUAAAACACAGUUUUAAUGGUUGUUUGAGCUCAAUCUUUUUUUUUUAUUGCUGACAAAUUUGUGCCUUGUUGAUGACAUAUUUUGUUGACAUGUUCAUGUUGGUGCUAUUGAACUCAGUGGAUUUGUCCAAAAUCUGCCUGUUUACAGUGAGCUGUUUGAGGAUAUGGCAGUGGCGUACGUCAAUGAGGUUACACCGAACAAAGAAUAUUCUUCUGUUAAUGACUGUUGUGAGGCUUUUUGAUAGGGAAGCAUUCAUAUUCAAGUGCUAGUGAAAUUUUACAUCCCGUAUAUAACAAAGCAGAUUACAGUUUCAAGUGUGUGUGUGUGUGUGUGUGUGUAUAUAUAAUGUUCAUAAAUGUAAAUAUUUGUUCUUUAUUCUUUUUUUUGCCAGUGAUGUCAGUGUUUUAGCCCUUGUAAACAUUA